CGCGCAUGCCGCCGCCGCCGUUGCGCAGUGGGAGGCGCGAGCAGGCGCGGGGCGGUGCGGGACGGCGGCGUUCUCCCGUUAUGAACCCAAGAAACUAGAGGUGCCCGGCGGAGCGCGUUUUGCCGUCUACACAUCAACUAUGCAGAGAGGUGUGCCAAUGAACCCUUACCUGGACAGGCUGGCCCCGUGUGUCCUGUCCCUGGUCCUGCUCACACACCUCAGUCUGGCUGCACCAGGGGUACCAGGGGCACAGAGAGAGGAGUCAGCAGAUGCCCCUCCCCCUUCCGCGGUGCUAGCCAAUCCCUUUGGCCCUGGAGAGGACGACCGCAGGUUGCUGCAGAGUUACAUUCAAGCCAGUCUGAAGGAUGGCCAGGGAGGACCUGAAAUCAGCACCUGGGAACAAGAGGUAUUCUUCCUGUUUCGUCUCUAUGACUAUGAUCGCAGCGGUCACAUGGACGGCCUGGAGAUGAUGAAGCUGUUGUCAGACUACAACUCCCACAAUGCACCUGGAGCACAAGCCAAUGAGCCGGUGGUGACCAUGGUAGAUUUCUUGCUCCAGACUCAGGAUCUAAACCAGGACGGUCUGCUGGCCCCCUCUGAGCUGCUGUCUCCUCCAUUACCUCACACACAGGAGCCCAGCGACAGUAACGCAAAUCACCAGGGGCAGGAUCUGACAGCGGAGGAGAAGCUGUCGAAGCCUGAGGAGGAGAAGGCAGGAGCAGAGGAGCAGAGAGGGGAGGAAACACAGGAAGGCAGAGAGCAUGAGCAGAAGACUCAGCAAGAGGAGCUGGAGCUUAAAGAAGAUGCACCACCUGAACAUGAAGUGAAAACGCAGGAUGAGGCACCCAGGCAGGAUGUAGAGGAGCAGAACGGACUGCAAAUCCCAGAACAGGGGCAGGAACAAGACGCACCAGUACAUCAGGGACAACCAGAGAUAUGACCUGCACGAUUGUUUUCCCACCCAGACUGAGACAAAUUCUGGUCACUUUGGGUUCAGCCUGUGGCAGACUGUUGACUGAGUUACUCCAUCCUAUUGCAAUCUUCAACCCCCACAAAUGUUUUUUCUCUGGAUCUUUUCUCUGACAUUGCAUUUUGCUAUCCAUUUCACUGGUAAACAAACCAAGUGGAUGGUUGUUCAAUUAAAAAGCACAUCUCAACGUAUUUACAAUAAUGUUUCUGCAUUCUUCAUUACAGCUAAUGGGUGACACUGUUUGCAAGCUCGGAUCCUCCAGCGCCUUUUGGUUUUUAAUGAGGAACGCUAAGCUUUCCAGGGUACCAAAAGGAAAAAAAAGUCCUACAUUUGAAAUGAACGUUACGCCGUUGGUAAAACUAAAGCCAUCAUUAAUAGAGCUCAUUAUUUUUGAAUAAUCUUUUUUUGGAAAAAUGAGACAGUUCAUCAUCUAGUGCAAUUUUAAAGGACUGUUUCGGAUUUUUCGAAGUGGGGUCGUAUGAGGUACUUAUACAUAAUUAACAUAUUACCAACAGUGGACCUGGACCAGACGUCUAGCAAUGAGGCAAAACAUAUUUUAUCCAUCUAAAAAAGGCAAACCUAAAAUUAUAUAUUUAGAAUAUUCCCACCGCUUUACCUUGAUGUCAGACAGCCCUUUCCUUUGGCAGUACAUUUUCUCCACAGUAGAAUAACACACUAACUAUGGACAAGUACCUCAUUAAACCCCACCUCAAGAAAAAUCUGAAAUAAUCCUUGAAAUGCUGCUUUGAAAACUCCUAGCGGUGCUUGAUGUUGGGCACUUGCUUUGCUUCAUCUGUAUUUAUUCCUUCUCCUUUAUCAUUGACAAGUUAAAUCAAGUAUUCUUUCAUCGUAUUCAUGCCUCGUCUCGAUUUAGAGACGUGCUCGGUGUCGGAGAGGUUAAGGUCACAGCUCACCAGCCCCCGUCAUCUGUUUCCUCGUCUGCCUCCUCAGCCACCACUACACACACAACACUGACCUGCCCAACACUCUGCUUAGCUUUUGCACUCUAUAUUUAUGCACCAGGGGGCGCUAAUGUACUGUUCUGUUGUUAUGCUGCUGGUGUCGUUUACAGACAACUCAGUUCCCAACCAUUUGCAAUCAAUGCCAAACAAAUUCUUACAUUGUGUUAGAGGAAAAAUAUUGACUUACCUUCCAUGUAAUGCAGUGUUGGUAUAUCUGAGUAUAUCAGUAUAUCUCAUUGUGUUUGCUGGCCCUCUUGUGUGAUGCAUUAAAUUAUAUUUUGAUGAGGAUUUUGUGCACGUGUGUGCCUGACUGCCCUCAGCCAGGAGUGUUUAAACCUGCCCGCCUGUUUGCAGCUGCACAGUGUUGUGGACAGACAGCCGCUGUGCAGAUAACGUGUGAUGUCAAGUGAUUCUGAACUUGAUCUGAACACCUGGAAUGUAUUUGAACAGUAUGAAUGCAAUGACUAUUGUUUGGCUGUAAAUUUCUCUCAUUUUUUAUUUUGAGGUUAGCACAUUUAUACAGCUGGAGCAAAAAUAAAGUCAGUGCU